CGUCACCCUGUGGAGGACCGCGGGCAAGUCACUUGACAACGCCACCUGGCUCAACCUCGGCAACCCCACCGGGUCACGGACCUCGUUCAACUCGCAGCCAACCUACGUGGUCCAAGCGACGACGGCGCGCGGAGAGCCGUACUUCGUGUACCUCGGCGACAACUGGAUGCUUUGCCCCUCGAGGGACAGCGCCGGCCCGGCCCUGGAGGGCGCGUGCUACAUCUGGCUCCCCUUCCGAAUGAGAGCAGGCGAGUCGGAGCUCGAGGUGGACUACCGCUGGAGAUGGCGGCCGAGCGAUCCCUUUGCGCCGGUGCCGCGGGACCCGAACCCGAUCUGCCGGGGUCAAGGGAACGGCGAAGCCUGCGGGGCGGAGCAGAAGAAGCGCAAGCGCCGCCCAAAGCGCAAAGAGCACACGCGCUGGGUGUCGAGCCGACGAGCCGCCUCACAGCAAACUAUUAGGACCUUGAAUGCUACGCCCGGCGGUACCCUGACCUCCGGAGGUUCUUGGAAAGGCGCGACGGUGGGUUGAAAGCGCUCCGGAAACACUGGACCAACUUCGGCUUGCGGGAGUCUAGGAAGAUGGGCUGUGGGGUGUGAGGGGGUAACUUCUGGGGUACGAUACUUGACCCCCCCCCCCCCCCC